GUGAGAUACUAUACAUUUUUCGGGAAGCUUCUUUUUCUUCUUCUCUCGACAAUUUUCCUAUUCACUCCAUUGUAGAGCCAAAGGAAGAAAACAACUAAAGAAAAAUAGUGCAUAUGGCGAGGAACAUGAGGGUUCCACCAAACUGAGCGAGUUUGACAGAGGCUAAGAAGAGGACCUUAGAAUUCUUCAGGAUGUGUUGCAAAUCUAUCCCUGAGAUCAUGGAAAUCUACAACUUAUACGACGUCGUUUCCCCCUGUCAACUCCUUUCUGCUGUCGCCGCUGAAGUUCGCAAAAAUUCCAACGUCACUAAUCCUAAGGUAAUUGACACGCUGCUGUUUAAGGGCAUGGAGGAGUUGAAGAACUGUGUGGACCACUCAAAACAGAGGCACCAUCUUGUUGGCAAAUACGUCGUAGGUAAUCAAGGUCUUGUGCAGGACCUUGGACAUAAAGAUCAGGGCAGCUCUAAUUUCCUGAAAAACUUUUACAGCAGCAACUACUUCUAGAUUUCUUUUCGAACUUUGCUGCUACUCAUGGAUAAAUAUAGUUGCUAUUUAUUAGUAGUGAGUACUCUUCCGAGUCUAGAACAGAUUGUUAUGUUGUCUGCUUUGAGAUGGAAGUCAUACCUUUUAAGUAUUGUUUAUCAUAUAAGAACUACUUUAUUAGUGUCAAAAUCUGAAGGAAAAAGGGUGCUCUUUGUGUCUUUUGACUGACUUGAAUCAUGAAUGAUGGUUUGCCUUUGCUGUGAAGGCAUCUA